AUGCAGAAAGUGCCCGACGCGGUCCGGGACGGGGACGCCGGCCUGCUAGCAAUGAGCGCGUUGUGCUGGGUGGUGAGGAGGAUGGAUCUUCUGAGUGGCGCCCUCCGUCGUAGUGUGACCAACAUGGACAAGGUCAACGUUUCGUCGUUGAAGGGGCUGCGGAAUGGGAUGACAACAUUCGUCAAGGAACACGCCGCUCUCAAACGGUCGGGCCAUGUCGGAGUUGCUGCCGACGCCUGUGACGACGACGGCAAGGAGGCCCCUUCGGCAUCCCAAGCAGUAGGUGUCGCCCACACCGUCGAUGAUGCGCGUGGGACUUCGAUCGGAGAGCCCGGAGGCGGCAUCGACAAGGAAGAGGAGGACCACGAGGAUCAGGAGGAGGAGGAGGAGGAGGAGGAGGAGGAGGAGGAGGAGGAGGAGGAGGAGGAGGAGGAGGAGGGGGGCUCGGCGGAGGAGGAGGAGGACGAGGUGGAGGAGGCGGAGAAGCAGCAAGAGGGGGAGCAGGAGGAAGAGGUCGAGUGGGAGUUGGAGGAAAUGGAGGUGGAGUACGCAGAGGGAGUGGCGGAAACGGGUGGGAGGUCGGUGGAUGUUGUGAACGAGGGAGGGGAGGAUGCCGACGAGGAGAAAGUCGGCGUGGAGGCGGCUCACGGGGGGAGUGAGAAGGUCGUGGUCGGCGAUGUGGUUGGCGACGCGAAGGAAGUUGUCGACCUCAAGGCCGUUGGAGAAGGGGAUAACGCCGCGGCCACGAAGCAGACGGGCGUGGAAGGGCCUACCGAGACCACCACAGGGAAGGCCGGGGGGGAGCGAUCUAGGAAGAAGAAGGCGGCGCGCGGUCAUCCCGGUUCCUCCGCAUCUGGUCGGCAGGCACCGCUGGAUGUCGUCGAGCAGCUGCGACAGGAAAACAGGCGGUUGACGGCAGAAAAUGCUCAUCUGAAGAAGGCGCACGGAGAGGAAAGGGGUCGGGUGGACAGGUUUGCGUUGGGGAUACGUGGACUCCUGGACAAGCUCCAGUCGUUGGUCGACCAGGUCGCCGUCUCCGACCAUAAUGUGGCGAAACGGCUGCUAGAUACGACGUCGGCCGUGUCGACAACCAUCACGGACAACAUCACCAACCACAUGGACGAAUCGUGGAAGGCGAUGAAGUCCUUCGCCGAACAGGCGUCGACGUGGUUGGCGGAAAUCGACGGUCCGGAGGGAAGUAUGGCAGUUGAACGCGCAAAAGCGGUCACCGCCUUGGCCAACCACGUGGAAGCGGUGGUGGACAAUGCAAAGCUGGGUUUGGAGGACUACAUCUCAAAGAACCUAGCCGCCGUGCAGACCAACAUUGCCGCCGCGGUAACUCGCACCAUCGCCGUGCCGCCGCCGCCGCAGCCCACAACAGCCUUCCCGGAUGAGCUUAUGAAGUCGUUCAAGGCGGACGUGUUGAAGGCAGUAACGGAGGCCACCCAGCAGUCAUUUGUUGUGUCCGGGUUAAAUCUCAUGACCGAGGUGAUCAGCAAUGUGGCGCCUGGUCGGCGUGGGUCGUCGCCAUCGGCCAAUGACGCCGAUCCCGCGCAACGAAGGGAGGCCGACAAGCAGGGCCAGAAAAGGGCGGGCGGCGGAGAUGAUGCAGGGAGCGUGAAGCGGAGUAAGGGAGCCGAUGGGAGCCGCGGCGUCAGAGCGGUGGGUCUAGGCGGCUCGCGGACUCGAGGUCCGAGCGUGGUCGACCAGCUCAAGAAGAAUGGGGCCAAGGUGAUAAGGUCGCACAGCAAGGGCGAUGGAAUCGGGAGUGCAGAUGGGGGCCAUGCCGACGAGGUUGUCGCUCAAGACGCUGGACCAACAGCCUCGCCCCUGGUCGCCGAGAAGCCCCAUGGUCUGGCGAGCGGCGGGAAAGGCUUGAGCGACAAGGAGAUCCCAACCGCUCAAACGGCGAUUGAUGGCGGCGCCAGAACCAUCAAGGGACCAUCUGUUGGGGUGGCGGGGACCACGUCAAUUCACCGUAAACCCCCUGCGGCUAGUAGCGCGCCAGUCGGCCCGUCAGCCGCCAACAACGAUGGGCCGGCCCUUGCGGCUACUCCAGCUCCAGCAGGCCCGUCUGUCGCCAAGGGCGGCGCGAAGGAUGCUGCGGCUAACCGCGAUGGUCCGUCAGCCACUAAGGUUCCCGCAGCGGCGAACGCGCACAGGGAAAUGCUCCACUGCAUGGAGGCCCAUGGCAAGGACGUGUAG